AAAAAAUCCGGUGUAAAUGAAGACGACCUAUUAUCAGAACUGAUGUCGGAUACAAUUCAAAACAAACCAGUGAGCCAAGGCUCCGCAUGGGAUACAGACUGGAAUGACAUGAAGGAUAGUUUUGUACAAGACGACAAUUGGACGCAAAGUUUCUUUCAACAAGAAACUAAAACCAAUAUGGAGAAGGUUUGGUUUGCGCAUGUUAUUUCUGUAUAGUUUUGUGUGCUUGUCCGGUAGGUAGUAUUUUUCUAGUUUUGUUUUACGGACUAUUUUGCCCUUCCCCAUUGUUGUUGCGCUUGAAUCUUUCGACGUUUUCUCAAAUCGUCCCCCGUUUGCCCACCUUUAGAAAAUCAUUUUGCGGAAACGAAAUUUGCUUGCAAAAAAUGCAGAAAUAAAAAAAAAAUGCAGAAGAAAAUGCAGAAAGAAAAAUGCAGAAACGUACUUCGUUUCCAAGAUUUGAUUUUUGUUGGGGAAACCACUGUUUUUUAAUUCGCCCACCAUCGAGAAACAUGGCUAGUAAACAAUGUUUCCCCAUCAUGUGUUUGCCAUUUCGCCCAGGGCUUAGUUCACAUGCUUUCUAGGCUGGAAGAAUAUAAGAUGAUGCAAAAGAUAAUGCGUUUCUUUCCUUGAAACGCUGUUCUUACUGUGACAGUGAUUCCUAUUUCCUAUUUAGAGUACAACGAAAUUUGGUAGUUCUCCAAAAACAUCUAAAAAAUCCACAAACCAAACAGAAGACGCUAAGAAAGGCAAGACAGCUGCUAAAACUCGCCCUAAACAAGGAAGACCGACUACAAACAAGACAUCUCAUUCAUCAGAUGGUUGGGGUGAAGACGAUUGGGCGCCUCUAGAGGACUCGGCACAAGUAGCUACCAGUCUCAGCUCGGUUUCUCCGGCGGACAUGGGGAACGCUGGGACAGCAGGUGAUAGCUGGGACACUGAGGGAUGGGAUAAUUUUGAUAGUAUUGAAGACAGUAAACAAAGUAAUGCUGAUAUAGCGAGGAAAAAACGGGAAGAAAGAAAGAAACAGAGGCAACAAGCUUUAAAAGAGAAACGAGCUGCUAAAGGGGGAUCCAAAUUGGGGGCUGUCAAAAAAGAUCAAUUUUGAGGGUUUGAAUAGAUGGGGUUUCACUUCCUAGCAAAAUAAUUUUUAAAUUUGAAAUUCCAUUCAGCAUUUGUCAACAAUACCAUGCGCGCCGUUUCUUUUACAGUAAAGGUCUGUGUGUAGACCGAGUUACCCCGGCAGGACAAAAAAACACAAAAGUUUUAACGGAACAACAAAAUUAUUUUUGAAACAACUAAACGCAGACACCCAACUAGGGCGUUAACACAGCAGGCUUUAUAAAUAUCGGGCAGGCAAGCUUUAUAUUUGCAGGCUACAAUACGGUGAAUGCGAAUCGAGCUUUUUGCCGCGGGAAUAAAUAUAUUAGUAUUUAUAUGAUAAAAUCAAGGUAUAGAAUUAUGUAGAAUUUAUAUUAUCUAUAAUCGAAAGUUA